GAACGCCAGAGCCCACUAAGUGCGUCAGUUGUGGCGAGUCGUAGACGGGUUAAGUCCUGGUCUGCGAGGAGGCCGACAGCGCCGUCGCAGACUACGGACCUCUCUGGGUCUCGGCCGCCAAAGAUCCCGUCCGGUAGGUGAGUGGCUCCCUUGGAGGGAAAAGGCUUCUUGGAUCGAGGCUUCUUCAUGGCCACUCAGAUCGCGAGUGGGCCAGGGAUGCUCUUUUUGCGGAGGACGGCGUCCAAUGAGCGCAGUUUACUCGAGCGUCCCGCCCGCCGUCGUCUGCGCCGGCGCGGCCGCGGCGUCGCGAGAUUCCGGCUUCCACCCCGCUGUGACGCUCCUGGGAGGCGGCGACGCGCGCGCGGCCCAGCGCCCCAUUGGGCAGUCCCGGCGGAGGGGCGGGGUCGGCUCCGCCCGCACUUCUCGGCCUUUCCUAACUGCGGCAGAUGGGAGGGGGCCAGAAGAGCCGCGGACCGUGUGCGGCUGCGCAGCUCCGGAGGCGGCGGUGGGCGUUGCGGUGGCUGCGGUCUGGGCCCCGGGAAGGAUCGUGUUGGGAGCCGAGUUUUAAAAUUUUGUCUGCAAGGGACCCGGCCUAAUAAGAGGCGCGCUCUUGGCACUCUGGUUUAUAACAGCACCGGGAACCUAGCCGGACGUCAUGAGUGGCUGUCGCGUGUUCAUCGGGAGGCUCAACCCGGCGGCCAGGGAGAAGGACGUGGAGCGGUUCUUCAAGGGGUAUGGACGAAUAAGAGAUAUUGAUCUGAAAAGAGGCUUUGGUUUCGUGGAGUUCGAGGACCCCAGGGACGCGGAUGACGCGGUGUAUGAACUCGAUGGAAAAGAACUCUGCAGUGAAAGGGUUACUAUUGAACAUGCUAGGGCUCGAUCUCGAGGUGGACGCGGUAGAGGACGCUACUCUGACCGUUUUAGUAGUCGCAGACCUCGAAAUGAUAGACGAAAUGCUCCACCAGUAAGAACUGAAAACCGACUUAUAGUUGAAAAUUUAUCUUCAAGAGUCAGCUGGCAGGAUCUUAAAGAUUUUAUGAGACAAGCUGGGGAAGUAACCUUUGCGGAUGCACAUCGACCUAAAUUAAAUGAAGGGGUGGUUGAGUUUGCCUCUUAUGGUGACUUAAAGAAUGCUAUUGAAAAACUUUCUGGAAAGGAAAUAAAUGGGAGAAAAAUAAAAUUAAUUGAAGGAAGCAAAAGGCACAGGUCAAGAAGCAGGUCUCGUUCUCGGACCCGGAGUUCCUCUAGGUCUCGUAGCCGAUCUCGUUCUCGGAGUCGCAAGUCUUACAGCAGGUCGAGGAGCAGGAGCAGGAGCCGGAGCAAGUCCCGUUCUGUUAGUAGGUCUCCUGUGCCUGAGAAGAGCCAGAAACGUGGUUCUUCAAGUAGAUCUAAAUCUCCAGCAUCUUUGGAUCGCCAGAGGUCCAGGUCCAGGUCCAGGUCCAGGUCCAGGUCCAGGUCCAGGUCCAGGUCAAGGUCCAGAUCAGUUGACAGUGGCAAUUAAACUGUAAAUAACUUGCCCUGGGGGCCUUUUUUAAAACAAAUUCCCAAACCAUACUUGCUAAAAAUUCUGGUAAGUAUGUGCUUUUCUGUGGGGGUGGGGUUUGGAGGGAGGUUGGGUUGGGCUGGAUAUCUUUGUAGAUGUGGACCACCAAGGGGUUGUUGAAAACUAAUUGUAUUAAAUGUCUUUUGAUAAGCCUUCUCACAUUUUUGUGAAUGUCUGAAGUAUAUAUAGUUUGUGUAUAUUGACAGAGCUCUUUUAUAACUAAAGCCAAUUUAAUUUUUUUGUACUAGAAAAAGUUUGAACAUUUUUGUUCCUGGUUAUUUCAAAUAAGUUGGUUCAAAAUUAGUUUAAUGCCUUAAUUAAACUAAUUAAUAGCUUUGGACACUUAAAAGAGCUCUCAUUUUGCUUGUACAUAAAGGCUUUAAUUUGAGUUUUUCUUGUAAGGGUCAAGGGUGUCCUCACCCCGCCCUUUAACAGCUGCCUAGCAAAGGCCUAAAAGCAGCUGUUUGUUAUUGAUAAUAAAAGAUUCUAAAAGUG